UUUCAUCCCACCGUUCGUGGCGAGCAAGGAGGUUCACAAUCAUCAGUACCGAUGGACAAAGCGUUAAUGUCGUUCAGACAGCUGGCUGAGGUCCUAAGUUUACCGCUAAAAUCCAUAGAAAUUCUGCCUGGUCAUGGCAACGAGUGGCAGCCGUUCUUCUCUGCUUAUGGCCCGUUUUUAUACCAGGACGAAAACUUGGGAGUCCCUCAGAGGAUGCUAUACCAGUCGUACUUGGUCGCCAUCCGUGAAAUGGCUGCCAUAGGGAAUGCAACAGCACACUCUCGCCAGACAGUGCCUACUGAACUGGUCGGUAUAACAAACGUCCUUCUGUUAGCCAACCCCGCCCACCAGACGGCCUUGAAACGCAGGAAGUCGCUGGUUCAAGCAGGGUCUCUAGAGCCACGGAAGGAACUGGAUUUUUUAGAGGCUCUGCUUUCUAUUCGGGAAACCUCUAAACAGUCUAUGCUGUGGUGCUACCGAAGAUGGCUCAUAAACCAAAUGCAAUACCGCUUACGCGUCCAAAGCACCGGCAGCGCCGAUAUGCAUGAACCCGGUGUCGGUUCUGCGGACUCUAUGUCUCUAGAUGGCGCUUGCCCCCCUCUGGAUGUAUUGCGUACUGAGCUAUCCAUCGCCUCCAGAGCUUGCGACAUCUAUCCAAGGAACUACUUCGCGUGGCUCCAUCGUUUGCUUUGCAUGCAGGCUCUGCUUCCCCGCGACGCAGAGGUGGCAGACGCAGACGCCUAUAAGAUGUUUUUCAUCUUAGACGAGUUCACCUGGGCCCGUCGAUGGCUGGAGACGCACGUCGCAGAUUACUCAGCGGUCCACUACCUUAUGAGCCUUUCGCAGCACAUUCGCCAGAUCCCGCACCUCGGAUCUAGCUCAGCUGCGGAACCAAUCCUCGAGGCAGUUGAAUCCCUCUCCACCCACGCACAAACACUAGUGCAGACAUAUCCUGAUCAUGAAACACUCUGGUUGUACCUACGA